AUUAGAAAUUAAUAAUUAUUGUUUAUUUCGCUGUCAAAUAAAAAUAAAAUUGUGGGGCAGGUGCAGCUCACGUGCCUCCUCACAUUGACACCACAUUUAAACACUUUCAUUUUCAAAGGCUGCUGCUUUAUAUUCUUCACAAAAACUUCCUCUUCCCUUUCUCACACUACUAAUGGAUUCUCUCCCCUUAUUCCUCACCGGGACUCUCCUCGCUGCCGGCCUUUACUGGUUCUUCUUCAUCUAUGGCUCCGCCGAACGCCAAGGCAAACUUGCCGUCAACCUCUCCGGCGGCUCUAUCUCCUCCGAGAAAAUCCAAGACAAGUACAAACAAUACUGGUCCUUCUUCCGCCGCCCUGAGAAGAUUGAAACCACCGAAAAAGUCCCCGAUUAUGUCGAUACCUUUUACAACUUAGUCACUGAUAUUUACGAGUGGGGUUGGGGACAAUCCUUCCACUUCGCACGUCCCAUUCCUGGAAAGUCUUACAAAGAAGCCACCCGUCUCCACGAAGAAAUGGUCGCCGAUCUAGUCAAAGCCAAACCCGGCGAUCGGAUCCUCGAUGUCGGAUGCGGCGUCGGUGGUCCGAUGCGAUCCAUCGCUGCUCAUUCCAAAGCCAAUGUAGUCGGAAUCACGAUCAACGAUUACCAAGUCCAACGUGCUAGAUUACACAACAGAAAAGCUGGAUUAGACUCGCUGUGUGAAGUGGUAUGCGGAAACUUCUUAGAAAUGCCCUUUUCCGACGAAACCUUCAAUGGGGCUUACGCUAUUGAAGCAACGUGUCACGCGCCGAAGCUUGAAGAUGUAUACUCUGAAAUUUACAGAGUGCUGAAACCCGGUUCGUUAUUCGUAUCGUUAGAAUGGGUUUCUACCGAUAAAUACGAUACCUCAAACCCAGAGCAUGUGAAGAUCAUUGAAGAGAUUGCAAGAGGGAAUGCUUUACCUGGGGUCAAAUCGUACAGUGACGUUGCGAAAUCGGCGAAGAAAGUAGGUUUUGAGGUUUUGAAAGAGGAGGAUCUGGCCAAACCGCCGGCGCUGCCGUGGUGGGAGAGGUUGAAAAUGGGGCGAGUUGCGUACUGGAGGAAUCAUAUACUGGUGACGAUUCUGGCUACGUUGAGAAUCGCUCCGAAAGGAACUCUGGAUGUUCAUGAAAUGUUGGUGGAAGCAGCUGAUUAUUUGACUCGAAGCGGCGAUGCUGGAAUAUUCUCGCCUAUGCAUUUGAUCGUUUGCCGAAAACCGGAAUCCCCUAAAACUUGUUAGAAGAGUUGUCAAUCAAGGCCUCUCCGGUACGGCGCUGUUUCUCACAUCUUUUCUUUUUCUUGUUUCUGUUCAUUAUUUUACUAUUAUUACUUCUCUUGUUUUCGUCCUCGUCUUCGGCUAAUAUUAGUUUUUUUUUUUUUUUUGUUUCCUUCAUGUAAUUGGAAUUAUUAUUUAUAAAGAAAAAGAGAAAAAAAAAUGGGUUUUUUGUUUA